AUGGAUCAAACAGAAACAAGGAAGUUGCAGAGGCCGAGUUCCUUCACUAUCAAAAGUUUACUGCUUCCGUCUAAAACGGACAAACAGCACAUAAAGCCUUCGAAGAAACGUCAGCCGCCGUCCUCUACUUACUCACCAGAUCCCGAUGAGAUGAAGUCCCCAGAGAAGGACAAAAUCGCGGAAGAACCCAGUCAAAGCGAAAAGCCAGACAAACCUCCGUUUAGCUACAACGCGUUAAUAAUGAUGGCUAUCCGACAAAGCCCCGAGAAGAGACUCACGCUUAAUGGAAUUUACCAGUUUAUUAUGAAAAACUUUCCGUUCUACCGAGAGCACAAGCAAGGCUGGCAGAACUCCAUCCGUCACAAUUUAAGUCUUAAUAAAUGUUUUGUUAAAGUGCCAAGACAUUAUGACGACCCAGGAAAAGGCAACUAUUGGAUGUUAGACCCGUCCAGUGAUGAUGUUUUUAUUGGCGGUACGACUGGCAAACUCCGGAGACGCUCGGCUACAUCGAGAGGAAAACUCGCUAUUAAACGAGGGCUUCGGUUUUGCCCGUUGGCACUUGGAAUCAACGAGGCGGCAAACAAUCCUCUAUACUGGCAAAUAUCGCCUUUAAUAUCCUUACACCAUCCGCAGUACAGUGCAUCAUCGCACGGAUUCAUGAAUCAAGGUCAUGGUUACAGUUCUUUUGUCCCUGGAGUGGAGCAUUUGGGCAACAGGGAUCUGACACGGCCAAUUCUCGGAGAUUCUAGCGGUCCACUCGGUUUGACAAACGCUUACAGGAUGAGUUCGUCCUCCUUUGGGUUAUUAUCUGUCCAGUCCGGAUACUUACAGCCACCUGCCAUGCAGCAAAACACGGUCACCUCUCAGCAGACAUUGCUUACGGACACCUUCAGGAUAAAUUCAUCAUCUCUCUCCCCCGCUGUAUCCAGUGGUUUACAUGGAGUUUUGUCCCAUCGCGACACCGCCACAGAUUUAUUUUAAAUUAAACGCAAGAGUAAACUACUAAGAGGUGCGUCAUACGUUUGCUAUGUAAUGCAACAGCUAUGGGCUGAAAUUACUGAAUGUUUUGUACAUAAAAUUUCAAGUCACUAAAUGCGUUAUCCACUUCAUAUUAUGUGCUUAAAGAAAAGCGCAAGUAUUGAUAUUUUGCGUCUUGCUAUUUAAGACCAGACAUGUUA